AUGGUGGAAGUAGCAACUAAGCAUGGAAGGCAUUUAGAGCAUAUAACAGUUAAGAUAAGGAAGGAGAUAAUUAAGAAAAAGCGGAAAAUUAGGGAACACAAAAACGUGAUUAGUGCUUACGCGCCUCAAGCGAGACUAAGCGAGGAAGUCAAGAGGCGCUCUUGGGUUGAUUUGGACGAGGUUGUGCGUGGUAUCCCACAAUCCGAGAAGAUUUUCAUAGAGGUUGACUUUAACGGUCAUGUUGGGGAGAUGGCUAGGGGUUAUGACGAGGUGCAUGGCUGGUUUGGUUUUGGGGUUAGGAACGAGGGCGGUACUUCGUUGUUGGAGUUUGCUAGAGCUUUUGACUUGGUGCUAGCUAACACGGGUUUUAAGAAGAGGGAGGAACACUUGGUCAAUUUUCGGAGUAGUGUAGCCAAGACUCAGAUUGAUUUUCUUCUCAUCCGGAGAGGUGAUAAGAGCCUUUGUACGAAUUGCAAGGUUAUCCCGAGUGAGUGUUUGUUGACGCAGCAUAGGCUCUUGGUGAUGGACUUGGAGGUCAAGGUAGCUAGGAAGAAGAGAGCGGUGUUCGGCUAA